AUGAAGAGUUUCCGAAGUAAAGCGUCGCGUUUCUUCAGAGAAGGUGCAUCUUCAGAGGAGAAGGUGGCAAUCAACAACACCUCGAGUUUUGACUUCGACGCUGGUAUUGACAGCACUGUUACAAGAAAAGUGGUGUGGCCCUUUCGCCGCAAGAAUGACAAAGCAGCUAAACCGCAACCAGCUCUGCGGCUCAAUUCUUCGUCGUCUACGUUGAUGCCUCCAGCCAGACCAUGUGUCAUUGGUCAUGAGGCCAGCGACGACUUCGAUCUUCUGCCAGACUACGACGAUUCUGACGAUGACGACACACAGGCGUUUCGUCGUUCGCCUGCUACAUCCAACAAGAAGAAGAAGUAUCGCAAUGCGUUCAGUUCCCGCAUCUUCAACAGCAACAAGAAGUCCUAUUCGAGAUCGCCUCCGCCACCACCAGUCCCUCAAAUUCCAGUCGACUUCACCAUCCCACUACCAACCCGUUACUCAGCUCUUCCACCAUCACCACCACCGCUCCCCAAACGUAGCAGCAACCGCCCUCCACGCCCGACGCUCAAAAAGGCCAAAAGAGGUACAGGCCCCAUGUCCCGCCCAACACCCACAUCCCAAGACGCAAACAUCCCGCUUGUCCUCGAACACCUCACCACCACCCCUUUCACGCCUCGCAGCAGUCCCCCGCCACAGCGCCCCCCACGCCCAAACGAGUCACAAAACGAUACGUUAAUGUACAUACGCUACACGAACGCCCGCAUGGUGCUUCCCAUUCGUCCUCGCCCGGACACCAGUACACCACCAGAUCCAUCUCAGUCUACUACAAUACCUUCUGCGUCUCCUUCAUCUUCCACAUUAACAAGCACCCGCCACGCCUCCGCCAUCGCAUCCCGUCUCGGCAUCCCGGCGGGCCACUCAACUCCCCUUAUCCCAUCCCUCACCGCACCCCUCGCAGCCCGCAUCCCCCAGCACUCCGCUUUGCGCCUCCCAGUCCGCGUUUCAGACGGCAGCACAAGAUACAGUCGGUUCAGUGAGUACGUUGCGGAUUGCGAGCCAGCGGCGUAUGAGACAGUGGCGUAUGGACAGCUUCAAGCACGUGUUGGUGGGGACGCGGCGGCGGCGGCGGCGGUCGAAGUCUAUGAUGCUGGCAAGGAAGAAGAGUGGGUGCUUGAGAGGCAGGUUAGUCGGGGGCCGAAGGGGGAGGCCGGGGGGAUGGUGUUUAGGGAUCGGAGAGGUGGGUUUCAUUUUGUGCGGAAUGUGUGA